AUGUACGUGGCUGAAGUUGACCAGCGAGACUGGGAUGAGUAUGCUGAGCGGCUCACCUUUGCCAUUAACACUGCACAAGAUCGGAUCCGGGGGGAUACCCCAUUUUAUCUGAUUCAUGGGUGGGACCCGCGAUCGACUUUGGAGGCUACGCUACCAGUGGGGAAUACGGGGACACGAGAUCGCGAUCCAAAGAGGUGGAGAUACAAAAUCCAAAGACAAUACCAGCGAGCCCGAUCUGCAGUGAACGAUCGUUUACAAGCCGCGAUCCAGGAGCGAGCAGAUCGACACAACGAAGAUCUGGAACCACACGAGAUCGAAGUAGGAGCGCAAGUUUGGCUAUACCUGGACCGAGUUAAAGAGGGAUAUGCGAAGAAUCUAGCGCACAUGUGGCAUGGGCCAUUCCGAGUUGCGGACGUAAAGACGUUCCCUGAACGCCCGAAGGAUCAGCUUACGAUAGAGGAAUCAGAUCGCUUGGAUUUCGAUGAAGCUCUGCUGCCAGAAGGCAGUUGGGAUGACGAUCUUGAAGAAGGGGAAUACGAAGUAGAGGCAAUAUUGGACGUGCGAUCUGGUAGAAAAACCCGUUAUGGGCGAGUACACCGGCAGUUUCUGGUGAAGUGGAAGGGAUAUCCCGAUCUAAGUUGGGUGGACGAGGCCGAUCUAAGUUGUGGGGCGAUCUUGCAAGAGUUUGAGCGGAACCGAGUGAGUCGAAACCGUUUCGACGUAAUGCAGUCUCAUGAAGGCAAGUCGGACGAACCUUAA